UGCCUCCGUGCGCGCUCCCGCCUCAGACACGGGCUUCGGGGAGCCCGGGAUCGCAGACGAGAGACGGCGGGGGAGAGAGAAAGAUGGAGGUGAGGGCAGGGGAGAGACUCGCGUGGCUGCUGCUGUGCAGCCUCCUGUGCGUGGACUCGGUCCUCGGGAAAUACGUGAAGGGAAUCGUCAACACGAAAGAGGACUGGGUUUUCCUCACUCGCUUCUGCUUUCUCACCGACUUUGGACGUCUAGAUUUCCGGUUCCGCUAUCCAAAGUCUCGCUGCUGUCAGAAUAUAUUGCUUUACUUUGAUGACAGUUCUCAGUGGCCAGCUGUGUACAAGAGGCCUGAAAAGCAAAACUGCUACCAGAAGGAGGCGGUGCUGAGGCCCGAGAACAACCAGGUCAUCAACCUCACCACCAGCUACACCUGGUCCGGCUGUGUGGUGGAGGGAGACGGGAACGAGGAGGUUCUGAGCUGCGUGGGCGGACGCAGCUUCCGCUCGGUGAGGGAGAGAUGGUGGUACAUCGCUCUCAGCAAGUGUGGGGGCGCCGGCUUGCGGCUGGAGUACGAGAUGAAACUGACCAACGGCCAGUCUUUCUGGACGCAGCAUUUCUCCGCAGAUGAGUUUGGAAUCCUGGAGACGGACAUCACAUUCCUGAUCAUAUUCUCCUUGGUGUUCAUCCUCUCGUGCUACUUUGCCUACAAUCUGAAGGGAAGACAGCUUCUUCACACAACCUACAAAAUGUUUAUGACGGCGGCAGGUGUGGAGGUGCUCAGCCUGUUGUUUCAUUGUGUCUACUGGGGCCUGUAUGCGAGAGAUGGAGUUGGCAACGGCAGCCUGAAAAUACUCGGGAAAUUACUGUUCUCCGUCAGUUUCCUGGUGUUCCUGCUGAUGCUCAUAUUGUUGGGCAAAGGUUUCACUGUCACCAGGGCGAGGAUCAGUCACAGUGGGUCGGUGAAGUUGAGCAUUUACAUGACGGUCUACACAAUCACCUACGUGAUUCUCUUCAUCUACGAGGCAGAGUUCUUCGACCCAGGUGAAGUGCUGUACUCUUACGACAGCCCCGCGGGUUACGGGCUGAUGGGCCUGCAGCUGCUGGCCUACGUGUGGUUCUGCUACGCCGUGCUGGUUUCCCUGAAACACUACCCAGAGAAACAGCCCUUCUACAUCCCCUUCUUCACCACGUACACACUAUGGUUUUUCGCGGUGCCUGUGAUGGCUCUUAUCGCCAACUACGGGAUUCCCCGCUGGGCCCGGGAGAAGAUCGUCAACGGGAUUCAGCUCGGCAUCCACCUCUACGCUCACAUCGUCUUCCUUGUUAUCACACGCCCCUCGGCAGCCAAUAAGAACUUCCCCUAUCAUGUUCGGACAUCCCAGAUUGGGAUCCUGCUGUCCAGUCCGAAGGGGGGCGAGGGGGGAGAGAGUUUCCCCCAUCAUGCUUACGGAAACAGCUCCUUCGUGGGAGAUUCUCAACCGAACUUCACUGAGCUCUUCUCCAUCCAAUCAGAUCCAGUGAAGACGGUGGAGGAGACGGUGGCCUGUAAAGGACCCGAGGUGCCGAGGAACAGCGAGCAGAAGAUCAUCACCACUGCCGCUGACCUGACGUCCAUAUUGCCCCCGCCUCCGAUACCCCCCCGCCUGGCCGCACGCUCACCCCCACUCCCGCCCCGGCUCCCCUCGUUCACCGAGUAUUUCAGCAUGCAGGGCGGAGGAGGGUUCGGAACCAAGGCGUGAGAUGGAGAGAAGGUCAGGAGAGGGGGAGGCAUGGAGGGAGUGGACAGAAUGACAAUACAAAGGAAAAGUGGAAAUCAAGGUUUCACUGUAAUAAAGACAGAAGGGACCGCCCAGAAAAAGUUUUGAGAUUGGAAGGAUGGAGAAGAGAAAUCAUCGGAACCAUGAAUCCCUAAACGCUACCUUUUUCACCUGUGAAUGGAAAUCAGCUGCUGGAGGAGUAAAGGCUGUGAGAUAGAGGAGUGCUGAGCUUGUUAAAGAAUAAAGAAGCAAUAAAUAUUUGAUGCAGACCAGUAAAAGGCACACGGGGAGAAAGAUGACAAAGUGGAUGUAGCCAGAGCAAUAGCAUGAUAGCUGUGCAGGAUGCGGAAAUGAACAAAAUUCUCGAAAUACUUUUAUUCAAAAAUUCAUGAGGCGGAGAUGGUGUGUGCCUGGAAGAGUUUGUAAAUAGCUAAAAACCGGAGAGAGCUACCACUAUAUAGAGUUUUAUUCACACAAAAAAUAAAGAAAAUAGGAAAUUUGUUUUCAUGGGUUUUUUCCACAUCAUUAAAUUCCAGUCGGUGCUGUGACCAUGUAAAACUCUCAUUCCACUCAAAUGAUCAUGUAAAAGAAAAGGAGCCUUUUUUUUUAUGUUUGGCAUAUUUUGAUAAAGCAUAGAUAUUUACUCUCAAUGGAGUUUGUCGGGUUAAUUUAUAUUCUAAUAUGCCUUUAAUAUUGCAGCUGGUUAUUCUGGUUUGAUAUGCUGAUGUGUAAAUGUAAAACGUCACGUUUACUGUGGGCACUUCUAGGUACUCGUAAAAACAAGCAUGUUUGUAUUGUAUUUCCUGUCCAAAAAGCUGAUAUAUGUAUCCCCCCGUGAUCAUACAAUAUUUGCUUAUUGUGUGUAUUGAAAUCUAUACUUUUGUAAAUACAUACAAUAGGCUUUAGUAUAUUUUUGACAGGUGAAACUCUGUUGUUAUUCCGGACGAAACCUUCACGUGCUGUCGAAAGAGAAAUGGAUUAUUACGAUGCUGCUUUGGUUUUCGUAGGUAGCGCAGAACAUGCCUGAUCAAAAAUGUCAUCUCUGUGUAUGUAGACGUUGGUGAAUGUACUGAUGCAAUACGGCACAAGGACAGGGAUGAUUUUCAAGUUACUGGAAGAAUAUAGCCAUCUUCUCAGCUCACAUCUGCGACACCACGUCCCUGAUUAAAGAGCAGGAGGCUUCUCUUUUUUUUAAAAAUACAAGUAACUUGAUCCUCACCCCUGUCUAGUACCUGAAACAUGAAUAUAUAUAUAUAUAAAUAUAUAACUAUUUGUCAGCUUUUCGGCCUUGAAUGUUCAAACCGUACGAAAAGCUGAGCAAAUAAUUCUAGUUUUAUAUCUCCUAACAUUGAGCGAUGACAAAAAAAAAAGCCUUGUAGAUGAACUGUGAAAGCAGCAACACAACUGUACAUUUUUGUCUGUCCUGCAUGGAGCACUUUAAUGUUCCUGGUCUUAGUCUGUUUAUUAUUCGUGAUGAUGUCACCUUAAUACGACUGCUUUGAAACCUGUACCCACACCACAUCGUGUAGUAUUCCACGUGCAUACGCCUGUAAAUACAGUCUGAAAAAAACGUCCGGACUUUUUAGAGAACUCAUCGUUAAAUCAACGCGAUUCAACAUUGAACUUCUGAGCUGAGUUUACAACCAGCUUCUGGCAAAAAUCUGCGAAAGGGGGGCACCAACGAAUUCAACAGUUUUAUCUCAACAAUUCUGAUUCCUAAAUUCAGCGGGACUCUGCUGCACAGUCCGCAGAUGUAUCAGUGGCAGUCUUGCUGUGAUGGAGUACUGUAGGAUGUUAGGACCGUGGUGUGUAACUUGUGAGAGUGCAGUCAAGAGGUGUAACUUCAUACUUGAAUUAGAGAACUAGUCGUUAUUUCUGAUCGUGUCUGGUUUAUAUUUGGCACGUCCGCCAUUUUGUCUGCUGUUGCCUGAUGCUACGGUUGCCAUGACUCGACUGGGCGACUCUACUAACUGUUGGGUUUCCUGAAACUGCAUCACUGCUUCGAUGUUACACAUAUUGACGUUAAAUGACAGGACUGACACGCACACGCACAUGGACACACACACACAGACGCACACGGGUGAGACGUUGAAGAAAAGAGAUUAUGUAUGCAUGACAGAAAAACAGCACAGCUUAUUGGCUACUCAGAGCGAUCUGGUUAAGAGCACAUCACUGAAGCACUGUUCAGAUGCAUUUUAAUGGUGUCAAAUGACGAUUCUAAAUACGCUGUACAUAAACACCUUUUGCCAAAAUAAUAAAAAAAAUAUGGUUUUAUUAGAAA